UGAAGUAGGUUAUUUAUUACAUCCUCAGUGUUACCCCCAAUCAGGCCUCUGUACCGUAGCCACUCUGAUUAACGGAUAUAAUUGUCCACUUGUUGCUCAAAGUUCCAAGUAAAGAAAUGUAGAGGGGUCCAAAUAUUUCCUGGAAACUUAGUGACAGGUAGAAAGUCUACACUGUAUACAUGUAUAUCUACCACCUACUCAACAUGACCAAGGACUGUUCUUGUUUGUCCCAUUACCGGUCUAUAGCGAACGUUUUCUGGUAUUUUUUUUUUGGCCUGGCAAUAUUCGACUGAAGACAACACUAACUGUUUUGAUUAUAGGUAAAAGUUUAACCUUAGCAUGCAACAAUGUAAUUAUGUUUUCACUUAAUGUCAACUUUAAGGAUUUACUGGAAAUCUUUUUUUUAAUGAAAUGUCAAUUUUUGUUUUUGCAAUGGUAACUUGCUAAGUGUAAAUGUAAGGAACUCAGGCGUUACCUUGUUCAUUCAUUUUAGUUUUUAUUUAAAUGAAAAAAUGUUUUAUGUUUUAACAGGGCAUUGGGAGCAAUUGAUAUUAAAACCGCUAAAACCGUGAACAUAUUUAAAGUGAAUAUUCCGUGACUAAACAAUGAAAACGAUUUUUUCGUAUGUCUAACUGUCUAACGCCUUAAUAGUCGAGAAAUUCCAAAUGUCCAAUGCUGAAUUUGCUUUAGCUUCAAAAGACCAGUUUGCAAAUCGAAAGUAGACUGUAACCAGAAACAGCAAAUUAGAUAUUCCUUUUCUUGAUUUUAGUAACAGUUAUAACUUUAAUUUCUAUCAUUUAUGGUAUUCAUUCCACUCUUUAAAUGUUCAGGCAUAAAUGGACAGUAUGUUUGUAUCGAAAGGCGCGUAUCCUACGUCAGUUUUACUUUGUACCCACAAGGACUUGUGCUAGUCUAACAUUAAGUUACAUAAUGAAAGUCAACGCAACCUUGACAUACGGUCCUAAGCUCACAAUUCAUCAUGACAACUCUUUUAACUGCCCACUUCAUACACUUAAGUAUAAGCUACUUAUAGCUGGGGGGAAACAUGGAAAAGAUGGACAAAAACUAUCCUAUUUCGAGGUCUAUAGCAACUGUUUCUCUGUUUCUAUUUCACAUCGGAUAAUCUUGAUCAGCAGUGCGUUUGAAUCCUACUAUCUUGGUAUACCUUCAAAGCGUUUGUAUGAAUCAUACCAGUUUUCAGUGUUGGUCAACUUUACUAGAAUUGCUUCGUCUUACUGCUCAUAGUGUAAAAUAAAAUUUGGUUGUCAUAUGGCACAUUUGAGCAUAUUUUGUUAGGCCCCAAAUGGAUCGUACUGCGCCUUCGACGACGGUUGCAGUAUUAGACACAAUAUUGACUGCAUGCAACUUAACUUUAUGGGUUGAUACGUCUAUUGCAUCACUUGUGAUUUACACGUGGUGCCGGUUUGUUGUUUGUGAAACACCGCGACAACAGUCUCGACAGCAGUAGGUUUAUGAGGUUAGGACGAAUCUGUCUAUAUCCGGAUAUGUACAUUUGUAAUGUUUUCUUGUUAGGUAUACACUCCCAGUUACGCAAGGUGCCAAUGUCUAAUGUAAAGAGCCACAACAACAUAUAACGCUCGACCAAGCACUCCAGGCCCAGCAAGCUUUGGACACGAGAUCGCCAUGGCACAUGUCUUCGAUGUUUACGAUUGGAUCGUUUUCGUCGUGUUACUCAUGGUUUCUGUUGGAAUUGGUAUUUACCAUGCCCUGGCAGGCGGUAGACAGAGAACUACCGGAGAGUUCCUGAUGGGAAACAGGAAAAUGAGUCUGAUACCGACGGCCCUGUCCAUCCUCGUCUCGUUCCAGUCCGCCAUAUUGAUUUUAGGUGCCCCGGCUGAGGUGUAUACCAAGGGGACUCAGUACUACUUGUAUACAUUUGGACAGAUGUUUGCGGUGUUGUUGGCAUCUGUUGUUUAUGUACCACUGUUCUAUCCGCUGAAGUUGACCAGUAUGUACGAGUACCUUGAACUCCGAUUCAGUUCUCGAGCUGCUAAACUGACAGGAACCAUCAUCAACAUCAUCUCCACAUUGAUAUAUUCAGGGCUCACAUCAUUUGCACCAUCAACAGCUCUUCAAGCAAUGACUGGUUUCCCGGAGUGGGCGUCCUUCGUCACGAUCGGUGUUGUGUGUACCCUGUACACAUUUCUAGGCGGGCUCAAGGCUGUGAUAUGGGUUGACGCCUUCCAGUUUCUGAUCAUGAUGACGGGGAUACUGGCCAUCAUUAUUAAGGGGGUGCUGGAGGUUGGAGGGUUUGGUGAGGUGUGGAGAUUGAAUAAGGAAUGGGACAGAGUUAACUUUUGGAAUUUUGACCCCGAUCCUACAGUUCGUCAUACCUUCUGGGGCCUCAUUGUGGGGACGACCUUGAGCUGGGUAGGGUCGUACGGAGCGAGCCAGUCAAGUAUUCAACGCUACUGUGCUCUCAGGAGUCUUAAAGAGGCGAAAAGAGCCAUCCUUGUGAAUUGUUUGGGCGUGUUUAUCCUGUUGACGGGGGCGUGUCUGAUGGGUGUGUCUGCGUUCGCAUACUAUGCCCAGUUGGGAUGUGACCCAUUGACCAGUGGCAUGAUAAAGAACAAGAACCAGCUCAUUCCCCACUUCGUCCUGGACAUUCUCAACAUACCAGGACUUCCCGGACUAUUUAUAGCGUGUCUCUUUAGUGGGGCACUGAGUUCCCUGUCGUCCAAUCUGAGUUCACUAAGUGCGACCACCUGGGAGGAUAUUCUAAAGCCUCACUUUAAACUCAAGUCAGAAAGAACGAAGGCACUGAUUACACGCAGUAUUGUGUUUGUCUAUGGAGCCGUAGGAAUCAUGGUCACUUUUAUUGUCAAGAAUCUCAAAGGAACAGUGUUGCAGGCGUCGCUGAGUUUCAUGGGAGCAGCCUCGGGAUCCCUGAAUGGAAUUGUGAUCUUGGGUGCCUUUUUCCCUUGCUGUAACUGGAUUGGUGCUGUUGCUGGGAGUAUUGUUUCCUACAUCAUCAUGUUUUGGAUAAACGUUGGAAAAUACUCUGUGAUUGGUUCCCCGGAAACACUGGAAUUUCCUACAUCAAAUUGUUCAUCUGAUACAGACAUUUCAUUGCUGAACUUAACAUCGUUAUAUUCCCUGCCAACACAUUCUCCUGGUACUAUACUCGACUAUUCAACCAUGACAGAUAUACAAAUAGCCUACAUGAAUUCAACAGCUGUAUCAGUGAUAACUGAGAGCCCAUCCAUUCUAAAAUCGAUUAACGCCCUUACCAAGCUUUACUCGCUGUCUUACCUGUGGUUUUCAACCUUUGGAACCAUCGUCUGUGUAACCGUCGGACUCAUUGUCAGCUUCAUAACAGGGCCUACAAAAAGACAUGAAGUCCCACCAGAGUACCUGAUUCCAAUCUUUGACAUCUUCUGUUGUUGUCUACCACAAAAAAUCAGAACAUUUCUUCAUUGUAAUAUAGAUCACACACGUGUUCAUGAAAAUGAACAAGACCAAGGAGAACAGUCCUAUACACCUGUUACUGAUUCAAACACGAAACACUCGGGCACAGAUAAAACACAUGUCAAUCAUAGUUUACAAAAUGGUACUGGAACUUAUAACCGAUACAAGAGUCCUGAUGACAUUGAUGAGGAUACUGUUUUGUGAUGAUAAGCAUUGAUUUAAGUUCAUUUUGUGUUGUGUAAAUGAAACCUAUCAGUCAAUUACAAACUAUUAUACAAUGUAGAAAAUGCGAAUUGUUCUCCUGUAUUAUUUUCACCUUUUCAUGUAUAUCUUUUAAAGAGAGGUUGAAAUUAACACGGAGCAAAAAAAGUAUGUGUUGGCCAAUAUUUCGACACAAAAGUAACAUGACUUGGUGUAAAGUAGUGGUGUGAAUGUUAAUCAGUAUAAAGGUAUCUUCAUCUGACUGGUGAGUCUGGAUGAAAAUGGAUGAAUUAUUUGCAAAAGAUUAACCAUGAUGUAUCGUCAACAAAUAUAUCACUGGGAUAUGAAGCCCGGAUGGCGAUUGUUAUUGAUGUCCAUGACCCUGACUGACCCUGACAGGUCAUGGAAUUAAUUAUUCAUGACGUCACAAACAUUAGUGUGACCCCAAAAGGUCAAUGAAACUCUGCAUCACUUUAAACAUUCCUGAUAUCACCAAUCCAAAGUCCACAGCAGAGUGACCCGGAUUUUGAAGUAUUCGCUCAUAAAUAUUUUGAACUGUUUUUUGUUUUGGCUUAUAUGAACGAGAAUGGGGAUAACUAAACUGUGUUUUUAAAUUUUAUGGCAAGAUAUUUUGUGAUAAUACUAUUGCAAAUACGUGAUGCGACAAGUAAAACUCAAUUUGCAACAGUGUAAUCUCAAUAUACCGAUUAUACCGCCACAAAUCAUUUGAUUUGUGACUUACCUAAACUGGAGAAAAUGUCUCUCGGAACAAUGCAUGCCGUGCUUGGUGAAAACCUUUCAAACGACCAGAAUAUGAAAAUAUAUCAUAAUGUGAAUGAUCUGGACAUAAAUAAAAUAUCUAUGACAGGAAGUAUUACCGGAGUUUGACUUUUACUCCUCUUGCCCUCCCAAAUGAGGCCAAAUUGACAAUGACGGCCAACGUUAGUACCAAGCAUACAAGAGUAAGUAUAUGUUAAGGAGGAAAUUAACACUGAGUGAAUAUAGAUUUUCAUUGUGAAGUUUACACAUUUGUUUGAGCAGAAUAAGUGUCCAUGUAUCCAGUGAA